CUCACGAUUCUCUUCCUGAUCAUCAUCUUCAUCUUCGUCUCUUUUUUCUGUGACGAUUAAUUCCUUCUUCCUGUCAUCUUCUUCGUAUUUGUCCGUUUUUGUAGUAUGACGAUUUGAUCUUCCUCAUCUUCGUGUUGAUUAAUUUGUCCGUUUUUGUAUGACGAUUGUUUUUCGAUCGUCUUCUGCUUCGUCGUCAUCGAAUAUGAAAUCCUUUUCAUCGGAGAGAAUCGGAGUUCGACAGUACAAUAAAUCGGAACUUCCGCGGCUGCGGUGGACGCCGGAGCUUCAUCGCUACUUCGUCCAGACCGUCGAGAUCCUUGGAGGAAGAAAUCAAGCAACGCCGAAAAGAAUACUGCAAAUAAUGGGAGUGAAAGGACUGAAGAUUUCGCACAUAAAAAGCCACUUACAGAUGUAUAGGAGUACGGAAUUAGAGCGUGGCAGCAGUUGCAAGCAUGUAGUAACGAGACAAGCCAUGAAACAGCCCAGAAAAGGAACAUCGCACUCAUCUGACAUCAGAGUCCUCCUCUCUUCAAACGGGAGAUUGAGAAAAGAAGAUGAAGAGUUCAAUAGAAGUCAUGAAUCUCCAUCCAACGUAGAAGAUAGGAUCAUUUCUCAACAGGAUUCAGAUUAUUCAUGCUUGGUAGGCAGAAUGUCAGAUGAGGAAUGCACUGACAUUGGUGAACAAACAUGUGACUGUGAACUCUCGUUAUCCCUCAAGCCAUCUCCUUCUCCAUCUCCUCCUCCUCCUCCUCCUAUGAGACAGAUUCUAGAAAGAGAAUUAUGGCCACUUCAAUAUCCCAACGACUCUACAACUACCACUACUUCUACUUCUACUUCUACUUCCCAACUCAAUUUUGUACGCCUAAAAGAAUCCCCUCCUCACCAUCAUAUCAAUUUAGACCUAACCAUUUGAACCUCAUUAUAUAUAUUUAUAGCUUUAGAUAUUAUUACACUUUUCCCUGUCAAUUGCAUGAUUUGUUGUAAUGUUUAGAUAUAGAUAUUAGACUUUCUUUUUGUUUUUGUUUUUUUUAAACCUGGUAUUGAAUUGAGGGUCAUCUCCCAUUGAGGCACGCCCACACAAAGAUCCAAAAUUGUGAAGACUCCCUUAUUAAAUUCAUCUAAAUGUUCAAACAUGGAGCUUCAAGGCAGUUACUCAGAGGCACGCCCACCCUUUCAUUGGCAUUGGUUUCAAAUACUCUU